AUCACCUUCUUCCGGCCGGGGCCCACGCUAGUUGUGUAUUAUUAUAUUAGUACUGACUUUGAAGCCACUAAGGGUAUAUCUAGUAUACAAUGAGAAAUUCUCAUAAUAAGCCUAAUAUUAUUAAGGAAAUGACUUAAUUUCUAACAAACUACACGAGAAUACUCAUACUCUGACAAAAUUUUAGAACUUCGGCAUGAAAAUUCAAAUUUAAAUGAAAACUCGUUAAAUGACAUAGUGGUACUUGUACUCUAAUAUCAUUUUAAUACAUCAGGGUUCGAUGAAAAUUGUCUAUAUCUUUCAUGAACCACGAAGAGUUUGAAUACAAUGAUAGACUCUCAUAAUAAAGGUAAUACUAAUAAUAAAAACUGCCUCACUUCUAAGGCUCAGUACAUUGCAGAUGUGAGUGUGGAAAGGCACACAGCCAGAGUGGUAUCAAAAGAGUAUACUUAGGUUCAUGUAGUUAAUUUUUGGGUAUCUUUUCACCUUCAGCAAAGCAGAAUUUAGUGAAGCUAUUGUUGGGAACUUGAUCAAAGACCAAAGUACUUCUUAUAAAAAAUGACAAAAUACAAAGGGAGAAUGUUUGCAAGAUGGAGAAGUCACUUGGCUUAAAAUAAGUCAAUAGAAAAUGAUUUCUUAUUUCAUCACUCGGUUUAAUUAAAUCUUAUGCUUAUUAUUCUGUGUUCAUAUUUAGUUAGAAGGAAGUGUUCUUUUCCAUGUGAUUUAUGUUGAUGAUAUGAUAUUGGAUAGUUAUAGCCUAGAUUUGAUUAGCUAGGUUAAAGGUUGGCUUCAAGGAGAUUUCGAAAUAAAAGAUUUACGAGGACAAAAGUAUUUCUUGGGUUUAGGUAUGCAUAGAGAUCAAGAUGAAAUCUUUCUUAAUUAGAGGAAGUUUUAUCGGAAAUGUUGGCUAAUGCACACUUUCUUGACAACAAGCCAUCCAAAACUCCUCUAAGCAUGAAGACAGUAAUAUCAAGUGAAAAUGGAGCCGUGCUAUGCAAGGAAGAAGGAGAAGUUUACCAACAUUUUUCAGGCGACCGCAAUAUCUUAUCACUACAAGGCAUGACAUAGUUUUUUGUGUUUAUUAGUUGCAGUAUAACAACAUCAUGUGCAACUAACAAACCACAUGAAUUUGCAAAUACAUUUUGACACAAGUAGAAGUUUACCAACAUUUCUUCACCAUAACAUAUAAGGUGAUUCAAAGAAAGGUUUGGAGUGUUUUGGAGAUCUUCUAUAGUACUAGUAGUAAUUUGAAUUUGGAAGAAGAAGACAAAAAGGUGAUAGCUUUUUGUGAUUCAAACCCAUAACACUAUAAUUAUUAGAGAAUAUGUUAUCUGUUACAUGACAAACCAAUUGUUGUUAUGUUUAAAACAUAAAUAUAAUUAUAAUAAAACAAAGCCCAAUUAAAUUCUAAUUUCCAUCAUUUUUCAUCCACACCCUAAAAAUUAAAUUCCCAAUUCCCCACCCUUCUUAUAUUGACUAAGCUUGCAUCAUUAUGAUGUUGAAUUGUUUUAGUUAUUUAAGACGUGCAUUUUAUUAGUUCAUGUAAUCAUGUGGAGCCCUAUAAUUUGUAAAACUAACCCGUGCUUGCCGGGAGAGAUUCAGGAAAAGUUAAGUAAAUAAUACACAGAAAAAUUAUGUCGUCCUCGCCAAAUUCCCUUCUUCCACCCGCUCCAGAUCCAGAGUCUAGCUCCGCCAUCGCCGCCGCCGAAAAUAAUGCUCCCGACACCGCAACCACCGCCGGCGAUUCGCGGCCCGAGGAACCCAUCUGCUCCACCACCACCACCGCCACCGCCACUACGACUUCAUCAUCAUCCUCUCCAUCCGAUGGAGCAGAAGAUCCUCGGCCGGACAUCCAUAUCUCCUGGCCGCCGGACGGCCAGCUGUCGUCGGAGUGGGUCCACCGUCUGAUUUCGACCUUCGAUUGGUCCUCGCGCAACGUGGCUCCUUCGCAGUUCGAUUCCGUGCUCCCCGUCCCGGCCUUCGACGCGCUGGUGCUGGCCGCAUCGAAGCUCCUCCACAAGGAGCCGAAUUGCAUCUCGAUCGGGGGUUUGAGCCCCGAUUCCACCGUCGUCGUGGUCGGGGACGUCCACGGCCAGCUCCACGACGUGCUUCUCCUGUUCAGAGAAGCUGGUUUCCCUAGCGAGAAUCGUUACUUCGUGUUCAAUGGGGACUACGUUGAUCGAGGUGCUUGGGGGCUCGAGACUUUCUUGGUCCUGCUGGCGUGGAAGGUGUUUAUGCCGCACAGGGUGUUUCUCUUACGCGGGAACCACGAAUCUAAGUACUGUACGUCGGUGUACGGUUUCGAGAAGGAAGUACUGGCAAAGUAUGGGGAUAAAGGCAAACAUGCAUACAGGAAGUGUUUGGGAUGCUUCGAAGGGCUUCCAUUGGCUUCCAUUAUAGCUGGGCAUGUGUACACUGCUCACGGGGGACUAUUCAGAGGCAACCCUGCUAUUCCCACCUUGCCCAAGAGAUCAAAACGAAAGAAGAACCGGAAAGUAAACCUACACCAGGAGACUAAUACCUUAGUUCUCGGUUCUUUAGACGAGUUGGCCAAAGCUCGAAGGUCGGUUCUUGAUCCUCCAUGGGAAGGUCAGAACCUGAUCCCUGGUGAUGUGCUAUGGUCAGACCCAACGAUGAAACUGGGGCUCUCGCCGAAUAAAGAGAGAGGGAUCGGCUUGCUUUGGGGUCCUGAUUGCACGGAAAGCUUUUUGAAGAGGUUUCAGUUAAAGCUAAUCAUCAGAUCACAUGAAGGUCCUGAUGCUAGAGAAAAGAGGCCCGGUCUUGGCAAAAUGGACGAGGGAUAUACCAUUGAUCAUGUUACAGAGUCUGGGAAACUUAUUACUUUGUUUAGUGCUCCGGACUACCCACAGUUUCAGGCAACGGAGGAGAGAUACAAGAACAAAGGGGCUUAUAUCGUUCUCAAACCACCGAAUUUCGAUGAGCCAGAGUUCCAUAGCUUCGACGCAGUAACUCCUAGACCGCAGGUGAAUCCCUAUUACGACUUUGAAGACGUGAUCGACUCUGAUGAAGAUUUAGACUUGGCUUCAAUGGCAAACAAUGAUUAACGAAAACCUGUCGGGUCCCAUACCCGGUCCAGUUCAUCACCUGCCUUUUGCUAGCUUGUAGAUGCUUCAAAUGCCCUUGUACAAUCAUAAUUUAUGAAUUAAACCUUCUCGUCAGAGUGAAAAGUAGCUGGCUUCUUGUUGUUGUUGUUGCCUCUUCUGCGUCCCCUCUUCUUUUUUUGGCAGCUCAGAGUAGCAUAAUAUACACUUCAUGAUAUUUAAGGUUUGAUGUAUUAAUGGGGGAAAUGGAGCAGAGUUCUGGAAUUGUUUCUGUCCUUCAACUCUUUGAUGUGAAUCUCCUUAAUGGUGUCUUGUUAUUUUUAGAGCCCAUUCGCGUCCAUUUCCAGGCAAUUAAUUUGAACUUUACAUUUCUCUAGUUUCGCACCUAGUAAGAACUAGGGGUUGGCAACGAUCCGAUUCACACCCUAUUGAAUCGUACGGACCACACUGUACUGAACCAUACUGCAUUGAUAUUUGGACCAGUAUGAUCGGAUCAAAUAUAUUUUGUCAGUUUUU